AUGACCUCUAUAAACCAUCACAAUAACUUGUACCUUGUCACCCUUCCCUUCCCUUCUUCCAAGUCCCAGGCUCUUAAGUCUGUUGAAGAGAAGAUUGUCCAGCUUGGUGAAUUGGCUGGUAAGCUUGGAGGAUUUGUUGGUGAGAGUGAGAGUGUUAAGAAAGCCGUUGUGAAGGCUAUUAUCGCCCAAAUUAACAGUAAUGAAGAGCUUAAAAAUCUUUACUCUUCUCAUGUUACUACCCUUUCUGAGUCUGUCAACUCUGUUGGCAAGGCUGAUGACACCGAUGAAAUUAGUGAGCUUAAGCAGAAAGUUGCUGAUCAAAUUAAGCUUCUUAAAGAACGUGAAUUGCAACUUCAAAAUCAAUUAAAAGAUCCUUCUUCUUCCCCCUCUCCCUCUGCUGACUCAGCCGAAUUGCACUCCAAGUUGGAGGCUUUGAGGAAAGUGGAGAAGCUUUGUGAAUUUUAUGAGAAACUUAAAACUAUGCCAAAUGAGCCAAAAAAGCUCUUAGAGAAUCUUUGUGACGGCCUUCAGACUUUCCUCGGCUUCGACUCUGCUUCCAAAGGCUACGAUGGCAGUGGUAUUGUGUACUCUGACCUAGAUAGGCUGUGUGACGGGGUGAUGGGAUUUUUGAGUGGUGUGCUUGGUGCGGUGAAAGAUGAUGAUGCGGUUAAAACGUAUGAUAAAGAUACCACAAAAAACAUUAAUACAGUUAUUAAGACUUUGAAUGAUAAUAUUGGCUCCGGGCGUGCUGGGCUUGUGGAGUCUGUCGCGGAGGUGAAGGGGUGGUUGGAGGGGUAUGAAUUAGAAUACAGCAAAAAAGCAAGCAACGUCACAGAGUUUUUAGGUGAGUUGAAAAGCAACAUAGCAGGUAAAUAUACAUCUCAAAUUCGUGCAGGUGAGAAAUUGACUAGACAGCUGGAGGAGUGGAGGCGCAUCGUGGAGAACAUCCAGAGUGACAUAAAAACUAUUGAAACUAAUUAUGUAAUUUAUUUAGACGAUGAAUUGAGAUGUAAAAUACGUAGUGAAAUAAUAUUAGUUAAAAAAUCCGUAGAGGUUUUACGUGAUUCAGCUUGCAACAUUAGUGUCAACGAACAGGCCAAGCACGUAGAUACGCAUUUAGAUGAGCAAAAACGAAAUCUGGAAAAAGCAGUCACAGAUGGGAGUGAAAACGUUAAACGCACUUUACAAAUAAAUUUUACAAAAAUACUCGACGCAAUGUAUGACUUACGUGAACAAAGAAAACACCACUUUGAAAAGUGCUAUGAGAGGUUAAGGGAGGCGAAUAAACACUUGAAAAGUCGUUUAGACAAAUAUAGCGGCACUACUCGAGAUGAGAUAUUUAGGUUAUUUGAUGAGAUAAUAAAAGAAGUAAAGAAGAUUUACGGUGAUAUGAACUACAAAAAAGGGGAACUGGAAAUGUUAGUCGAGGGGGCUGAGAAGACGCUGUCUGAAUUAUCUAAGAAUUUUGAGAAAGAUGUGAAAGCGGGUGUGAAGCAGGAUUUGACGGCAUUGAAUGGUAACGUAAAUGCACUAAAAAAUGGUAUGAGAUCAAUUUCCAACGGUCAUGAGAUUGUAGGAAAGGCGUUGACUCAGCUUAGUGCGUCUAAGCAACAGCUGCUGAGAACGACAGAUCCAAUUACGCAGAAUUCAGAAGCACUGGUAGGUAAGUAUAAUGAAGACUUGAAGAAAAAAUUCUACACCUUUGCGGAGGCACUAAAGGCGGCGAAAUUGGAUACUUUUCAAACAGAAUUGCAGGCUGAAUCCCGAAAACUUCGUAAUUAUUUUGAAAAUCUGAUGAAGAUAAGUACUAUACAAAAAGUGUCAACAUCGGGCAGAAGUGAGGUCAAGGAUCUUGUAGAGGAACUAAAUGGUGCCAUCGGUACCAUUAAUCAGAGGUAUGACUCUCUUUCGACAGCAUCAUUAGUAGUUACUACAAAUGCAUUCGCCUCUGCUGUUAACACUGCAGCAGGGGCCAUCAAUAGACUCGGCACAAUAAUAAAACAGGAGUUCACUCAGGCGAAGCAAACGAUCGAUGACACCAAAGACAACAAAGAGUUGUUAACAGCUGUCGACGAACUCAAAAAUCUUCAGUUGCUGCAAAACUCUAUAUACGGCGAGAGAGGAACAGCCGAUGCACCUAAAACAGGAUCGCUCGCCAAACUGAUCGAGGAGUUGAGUACUGCAAUCGGCACUACUUCAGGUGACGAUGGCGGCAAACUUAACAAAGCGAUUGGCGCAUUUGAGACGUCUGCUAAACAACAAAUCAUUGAUGCUGCGACCAGCGCAAUAGAAAAGGCUGCAGCUCAAGUGACUGCAGAAAUGCAGAAAUUUAGGGAAGAAGACGGUGGCGUAUUUAGUAAGACUGAGUUGGGCAAAAAAGUUGCAGUUUUAAAAACACAUAUCAAAACACUCGAGGGAUUCAUAAAGGAGAAAACACAAGGUACGCUUCACUUAAAGCUGAAUGAAAUUCAAAAAGAUCUUGAUAUGCUCGAUAAGCUAAAAAUAGAAGACACAAACGAAGAACAUGAUGGUGGAAUUAACAAAAUGAAAAAAGCAGCAGAUAAGAAAAUGCAAGAGUUGUAUAAUGAGAUAUUUGAUAAAGUAAAUGCUGUUUUUAACACGCUAAAUGACGCCGAUAGAAAUCUAACACAUACCAUCGAUAUUGUCAGUGAAGGAGUUCACAGUGCGUAUGCGGCGUCAACUAAAUCUGUAGAAAAUAUAAAGGAAUACUUGCUUAGUGUCACAAGUCAAGCUUUCGACACCGUAACGUCUGCCGUCCGAAUAUUGUUCUCCGAACAACACGUCGCCGACCUUGGAGGUCUUAAGACGUUGGUGGAUGGUCAAUUAAGAAAAAUGGAACAAAUAAUUCAGAAAGAUAGAAGAACAGCAAUUAAAGGCCUGUUGCAAAAUCUAAAUGGCCGCACGUAUAUUGUUAAAGCAGGUAAAUAUCCGAGGUUUGAGAUGCCUUCCGGUACGUCUAUGCUGGAUGCAAUCAUACAGGUCGCGCAGUCCUCGACGUCGACGCUAAAUGGCGAAGCAUAUCUUCAGCAAUUCCGACAAUUAUCGGAGAAAUUCCACGCCUACUAUAAUAACGUUGACAUUUAUGUCGACAACCAAGUUAAAGAUCCAACCUCCCCCCCGCCCACCGACCAAACCACCGACCCAGCCACCCAGCUAACCAAAAUCAAAACUGACUUCGACAAUUUACUUGGACAUCUUAAAAGUAAUGGUGAUCGUAAUAGAAUAUAUAAUUAUGAUAAAAAGUUCGUUGACCUACAUUCUUCCCUCUCCACCUCCCUCCACCUCCUAUCCCCCUCCGCCUUCGCCAACCCCCGGCACCCGGAGCUGCUCGAUGCGGUCAGACAGGGGCUGCAGGGGUUUGUCGAGCAGAUGGAGCGGGUGUAUGUGAACGGGUAUGAUGGAGGGGAAGGGAUUACAUGGAUGAAAAGUGAUAAUAAAACGUUAACCGACGAUGCUGAAAAAUGUGCCAAAAUUUUUCUCACUUGUCUGCCGGGUCUGAACAAGCAUCUCAACCACCUCCGGAUGCAUUGUGACAGGGAUCCCAAAACAGGUCCUUGGAAUAAAUUACAGAUCAAUAGAGCGAACACUAAUAACAUGAUAGGCCUUUGGUUUGACUGCCGUGGUUACAGGGUUUCUUCGGAACAAUCGAAGCAGGAUGGAGAGUUGCGGAACAAAUCGGAGUGCAACGGUAAUCAUAUUCACGGUUUCCUCGUUAACAAAAAUGACAAAAAUUAUCUUUUCGAACACGAUGAAGCCGAUAAAGAUAGUCGUCCACUCAGAAAGCUUCUCGGCUACCUCAACACCUAUUACCAGGUCACCCACCUGCAGCACAUCUCGUCACCUAAGGCCCCGCGCAACGUGUAUCAGAUGCUCCAGUGGCUGAGUGGGCUGCAGUAUAAUGGUGUGUAUGGUAAAAUUCGAAACUAUUUUGGCGAUUUGUUUACUGAGCUGCAAAGUGAUUACAAGUUAGCGAAAGCAGAGUUAGCCGUUACCAGGCCGCACGACCUGAGAGGUGUAGUAACAGACAAUAUAGUGCGAUCAAGUUGCCUAUCUACUGCACUUAGCAAUGUUUGCAAAUAUGCCGAAGUUGUAUUAAUCGCCAUUCUCGGCCACGGUCAUGGCCAUCCGCAUAGCCGAUACGCCGUUGACUUCAACACCAACGCGGAUAAUCUAGGCUAUCCUAGUAGCGCCGCUUCAUGCUUUGAUAUGCUGGUAGAUAUAUCGUAUCGAGUGUAUCACCAACUGUGUUUCCUGCACAGACAGUGUGAAAAUCACGAUGACAGCGGCGGCUGGCGAUCAUGUCAUUACGGCAAGGGCGUCGAUGGGUCAUCAUGGAACUGCAAUACCACCAAAUGUCCUAACCAAAUAUGUGACCAAAGAGCUAACCAAAUUGCCCAGCAAAAGGCUGACCAAAAAGCUGACCAAACGUGUGACCAACACCCUAAGUGCGGUUUGAAAUCGCCACUUCAGUCAUUUUUGGAAGAUGGUCUCCCCGGCUUCUUACCGCAUCAGUUUACUAGUCCCGGUUGUAAGUUAACGUGCACUGUGGCCAAUCAUGGAGGCAUCCCGUGCAAAACUCCAAUGGGCUUUACUGAUCUAGCCACCAUGGCGUCACGUUCGCAGACAGGCGAGGAACUCAAGAAGGCGCUGGAAGAAUUCAGCGCCGAAAUCCAUGAUCCGCUUACCAUUUUCUGCACCUUCCUAACAUGUGUUCUCCGCAGGUCUCCGCAAACGCUGGGAGAUAUGUUUGCGUUCUUCUACGGUUAUCUUCAUCAUUUUGCCGAAAGUGAGCACAAGAAGAAAGCCUUUGAUGCCGCCGUAAAGGAUGCCAUCUUUGGUCAGGAAUACAAUGAUCUCAACCCAUCAAAGAUGUUUGGCACUAGUCGUCAUGGUCAAGGUACGGAGCAUUCCAGAGGUGACGUGUUCAGCAUCGUCGAAUGUUUUGCUGGCGACGAAGAAAUAUGUGGGUUCUACCUCCAGUCACUGAGCUUUAAUAUUUAUAAUAUAUUUUCGGAAUGCCAUAAGAACCACUAUCUGUCAUGGAUUGUCUAUCUCACAGAGACAUUCUACAAUCUUCUCUGCAAAUUGCGUGACGACUGCCGCAAUAAUUGCAACAAGCCAGGAACCAGGUGUCAGGGUAAGAUAUGCGCUAAGAACUGUCAAGUACAAUCUAGAUAUAAAAUCAAAAAGGAAGUGUGGGCGUGGACUAUUAGUCACGAAAAGGAUUGCCAAUCCAUCGCUCAGUGUCCGCUAACUCUACCCACAUUAAAUAGAUAUGGAUUUGCAUUUUGGAGUGCAUAUAGUCUUAGCAACAACAAGCAUCAGAAAAGAACAUGUGAAGACUUUUGCAAAGCAUUGAAUAAUGUGCUGAGCGACAAAGAAUCGAAACACGCCCCUCUUGCCGAAUUGGUAUUCAGGACCAUCCCCGAAUUCCUUUUCAAAAUCCGCGAACCCUUCAUCUGGCUCAACGUCGCGCUCUGGCUCCUCUCCCUCCUCUAUCUCCUCCACAUCAUGGUCAUCCGCCUAGACCUCCUCCACAUCAAAUCGCAUUUGCACUCACCAUCAUCACAUCGCAUCGCUGCUCAGUCACUACUUGCUGCUGCUCGCGUUAACAAGCUUAACAGGGUGUUUUAUCUGCAACCAUAA